AUGUCUGGCCUCGAGGCUAUCGCAAUUUUGGGAUUUGCCCUUCAGGUCGUCGACACUACUGUCAGGGUCAUUGAUCUAUGGAAGGCCACAAAUGAAGUCGGACAAGAAGUCAUUAUAAUAAAAGCCAGACUCGACAUGAUUCGCGCCCGUCUCAAGACCUGGGCACUUGGCUGGGGGCGGUUGAAUGAGGAGGACCUCAAGAAGAGUCGACGCUUCAAAGACUUCGGAUCUCUGGCUCUGAGAUAUGUCUUGAUAAUACAGUAUCGGCUCACGGCACUGGAAGACUUUGACAAAAAGUAUCCUUCGUUGUUUCGAAAUGAUCGCGUUCUAGAGGGGCAGCCUCGCUCAGCAGACCGCGGUCUUCAACUAGCUCUCAUUGCUCAAACGGAUGGACCAGACGCUAAGGACCUGGAGCUACUCCACAAGGAGGUAGCUUCUAUAAAUCAUGCCAACAUAAUUCAGCGUUGGAGAUGGGCCCGGAAGGGGGGCGAGGGUAUGAAGAUGACGGACCAAAUUGCGGCGUUAGUUGGGGAGCUCGAAGAUUUCUUUAUACCCCCGACCAGUGACCAGAUCGAGCCAGUUGACUUGGACCGGAACCAGCCGCCAGUCGAAGGUUCUGGAGAGGAUAGAGCUUUCAAAGUAGUGCAGGGUAUCGCUACCUUCAAGAAAGCCGCAGAAGAGAUGAGAAACCGAACCGACAGCAUGCAUCAACGAGAGCUACUAAGAAGCCACCGAGGAAUUAAAAACGAAAAGAAACAGGACAACACAAAGCAAUACUCCACCCACCGCAGCUUGGCCAACUUCAAGGCUCGCGACAUCAAUAUCACACCUGUGAUGAUCGAGUGGAUAUAUGUACCAAGCAGCUUAUCUGCCGAAAUCAAGGAGGCUUCCCAGAACCAGAUACACGACCUCGCUUUACUACUACACUCAGAAAAGAAGCCUCACGAGUUCAGGACUCUAGAAUGCAUAGCCAUGGUCGAUAUGCCCGUCGCAGAAGAAGAGGACGCGCAAUACGGUUUGGUCUUCAAGCUUGAGGAGGGGCACCAGGUUUAUACUCUUCUGGAACUGCUGAGUAGGGAAGAAUCUACGCCUAAAUCUCUCACUGAGCGGUUGAAGCUUGUUAAGCUGCUUUCCAAAACGCUGCUGUUUCUCCAUCUGGGAUCGUGGCUACACAAAGGUAUACGGAGCGAUAAUAUCCUGUUUCUGAGCAACGAUAUAUCUAGCGUUGAUCUUGGCGCGGCAUACAUUGGUGGUUUUGACUACAGUAGGCUGUUCCGAGAGACCAGGCUGACUCAAAAUGUUGGAGACAAUCGUGUGCAGAAUCUGUACCGGCACCCAGACCACCAAGGCCAUCCAAUGCAUGCGAAUGGUGAGUCAACUGACCGACCGCCUUUCUCAUACAAGGCCGACCUGUACAGUCUUGGUGUCGUACUCGUGGAGAUUGGCCUGUGGUCUCCAAUCAUCAAGCUUUUAGAGGCUCGGGGGAGUCAAGAUGAAGACGAAAGUGUGCGGGAGACAAUACUGGAUAUGAUUCCUCAAGUCAGGAUGAGGAUGGGUGAUGCUUUUGCCGAUGCAGCCGAGGCGUGCUUGAGGAGUGAGUUUGGAACAGGUGAGGCUGGACAGCCGGAGAGUGUUCGAGAGGCUUUUUAUUUAUCUGUAGUAAGAUUGUUGGAGCGGUGCUUCAUAUAA